AGGUUUGUAUUGCGUUGGAAAGAAAGGCAAGCAGGCAAAAAACUUGAUAAAAAAUAUUUUCUAUCUAAAGACCGCGUUUCAUUUUAGAUUUGAGUGUUUUAUUUUUAAAGUAAGUUUAAAACUGAUGGCAGGAGGUGGCCAAGACAGCUGAAGACUGUCAGAAACCUGCCAAAAAAGAGCAUUAUAAGACAGACCAGUAGGAGGGGGCAGAGAUCUAGUGGACAGCAUUCUGGCUUUUGAAAAUGAAGAGAAAAGGGGGAGUAGGAAGGAAUGUCACCCAAGAGAAGAGGAAGGGAGGUAUCCUUUGAGCAGAAUGAGAGGAAGGACAAGGAUGAAGCAAGACCACAAAAGAGAAUAGAAAACAGAACAAAUAGGACAGAAGAUAGACAUCAGGCUGAAAACUACUGGGGAAAAAAACCACUUAUUGUCCUUAACCUCUGGGCAAAUAAAUCUGCCGGAUGUACUGCAGCUGGUCUGUGACGACUGCAUCAGGCUGGUGAACAUGCUCCGAGAAGGACAGGGAGGUAUUUAAGGACUCUGAAGGGACAUGACUGAGGGAGGAGCCUGGUGAGCCUGCCCUGGGUUCAUGGGGCAUCUAGGAGAGCAUCCAACACUGCUGGAGCUGAGGACCCAGGGCAGCCUGAUGGACUCUCCCCACUUGGCAUGGUUAUGUUUCCUGCUUCUGACGGUUGCAGCUCCCCGUCCAAAUAUUGCCAUGCCUCAUGAUGACCCCACUGAGGGGACACAAGGCUCUUCCUUCGGCAAAACAAGUGUGACAGUCUACCACUGUAAAGACUGUGAGAGCAACAUAUGCAAAUCAUCCAAUUACGAAGACUUUGUAAAAAUUGGUGAAACACAACGUGAGAAGUUUUCGAAUGAAAUAAUUCAGUUGGUGACCAGUGAAACACACAUCGUUAUGUGCUUUCAGCAAGGAAAUACUUUUCCUGAAGGACUUUACGCCAUCGUCUGGGAGAGAGCCAUGGGAGUAGGAGAUUCAUGUGGCAUCCCGAAUUCUGGAGCUUCCUCAGAAAAUGGGAGGGGUAACAUGGUUAAAGUUUGCUGUGAAGUAGAGACAGACCCUUCAGUGCCCAAACCUCCCCUGAAGUGCUACACUAAAAUAACAGAUGAGAAAAUCGGAGAAACAGACAACAUCACUGGUGAAGGAAAUCUAGGUAAUCCUCAAUUUUCAAUUGGCGAAAAGAGCAGCAUUGGCAUCAUUGCCCCAGUACUGAUUCUUGGGGUUUGUGGAACAGCAAUGGCAGUGUAUUGUGUUCGACAGAACCGAAACAGCCAAGCUAAAACCAGUGAAGUUGUUGAGCAAUCACCGCUGUAUGUCAAUCCUCAGCAAGGCCAGUCUAUCAACAUUACCUGUGCACUGAAAAGCUCACAUGAAGAUGAAGGGUUCUACUUGCUCAAGACUCAAAUGCAACCUGAAAGAGUGCUAUAUGUUUCAAGUCAAAAUGGUUCAACUAUUUUUCCUGCGUUUGCUAAUCGCUUGGAGUUUUCAAAGGAAGAAAAGAAAAUAUUGAUAACUCUACACAACCUACAGAAAAAUGACAGUGAUGUAUAUGUGUGUGCUGGGAUGUUGAAAAGUUCUACUUUCCUCUCAGUGAACAGAAGCGGCACCAUGGUGCUGGUUAAAGAAGUGGAGCAGACACACUGCAGUAAUAACUCCUGGGGCAUCUAUGGCCUUAUCAUCGUGGUAGCGCUACUGUUUUUUGCACUGAUAUGCUGCACCUUGUACCGUGUUGAUAUGAAGAAGUAUUUCCAGAAAAGAAAGCCAAAUGCAGUGUAUGAAGAUAUGUCUUACAGUUCUAGACGCAACACCCUGAUCAGAGCCAACGCUUACGUCACUGACAAUUAAGCUUCUGCCAGCUGGGACUGUGUGUGGAUCGACCAUUCCUUUACAGGUCUCUCUGAGAGCUGCCUUAGCAACCUGAUGCGGUAGCUGAACUGAAAAUGCUAUCACCUGCCUUCUUCAGUGGAAAGAAAAGCCUGCCUCAUUUCCAAAGCUGUUUAUGCUUUUUUGAUCACUUGUAAAUUUUUGUUAUUUUUUUUAAUGUAGAGAAAAUGUAGAGAAAUGCAGCUACCCUGCACAUGUGUUUGCAGUUUAGUAUGGAAAGCAGUAUUUUUGGACUAUGCAUUUGGCUACAUGCAAAAUAUGGGCUCAUUUCUUUGAUUGAUAACUAACCCUUUCAGGGAAGAUGGGGUAGAUGGAGAGUUCUGGUUCUGAGCUUCGGUAAGUGCUCAGGAAGACCAUAACAGGCCUGUUUAAUAAUAUGCAAUGGAUCCACAUAUGCAUGGAUUACAGUUGUCUUAUGAAUCCUCAUGGGUCUGCCCAAGAGCUCGGGUAGCUAAAACUACUCAAGAGUUACAGCAAAGAAAUCUAUUCUGAAGAGACUUCAGAAAUGUUGUGGCAGAAUGCAUUACAAGUGAGGUGCUGGAUAUGUGUGGGCUUACCUAUUCAAAGAUCAUAAUGGUCCCACAAAAAUGCAAUCAAGUCUAAAUUUUAAAUUACUGCAUUUGUCAGAGAUACUGACAUGACUGCUGUGGGUCUUGAUGUGGUUGACAUGCAAAAUUACUAGACUUAGGGCAUGAUGGCUUUUGGGGACAGCAGAAAUAUUUCUGACAUGCUGGUGUUGUCUCAAACUCCAGAUGUCUUAGGACUACACAGCAGAAUGCAUUUCUCCAGGUCAAUGACUCUACAGUACAAGGUUAACUAAUCUGGGAUAAAGCCAAUGCCUGCAUUCCAAUCUGGGCACAGGUGAGUCUGAUCCAAAAUCACUCUUAAGAAGGGAAUUUACCAAAAACUCACAUCAGUCAAGUAGAAACUAAAUUUGGUUCAGUAAUGGCUUAGAACAGGUUGCUACGAUGAGCUUAACUCUCCUCUAGCUAAGGAAGGGAUACAACUUCCUCCAGAUGUGUGUUGGUUUUGCAGAGCCGGGUCCUCUGUGGAAAGACAACAAUCUUGCCUGCCCAGAGGAAUAUCAAAUUGCCCUGUUACGAGGCGGGAUUGAUGGGGUUGGCUUGUGGUUUCUGGGGACAGGCUGAGACUAGAAUUUUUCUUUAUAGAUGUAUUUGUUUAGUUUUUUGAGGGAUUAGGGCCGGUGUGCCAUUGAUGAGAGUGCGUAGCUGGAGCAGAGCCAGGCACGAGGGAUCGUCCUUCUCUGGAGGUGAGCUCUGCUGAGAUCUCAGCUUGCUGAGCCAAGCCUGCCACUUGGGAGAGCCCAUUUCCCUCCAAAUGUUGCUCGUGAAAUGCUGUGCACCAGACCCGAGGGAGAAAACUGCUCGCUCGGGUGGCUGGUGGAGGGAUGGGUUAACCUUGUAAACAAAGAGGUGUCUGUUGACUGCAGACCCCGCAAUCUUCACGUAGCUGUACCUGAAUAAAAUUACGUUUGUGGUUGGGGCUUUGUACAGUUGCUUGAUAUUUUUAUACAUGUAUUAAAGACCAUUUCAUAGAUCUUGCAAA